AUGGCGAAACAAACACUAUACUCAACAAGGACCCUUUCGCAGUCCCUAUUGCUAUGUCUUUUGGCAGUUGGCUUGCAAGUAGUCGAGAUUCAGGCUUGGACAGUUGGACAAUUCUCCACCACAAAGCCUUCUUUGACAAAGCAAUCGUCAGGAAUUGGCAGCCUUUCUUCGUUGAAGCCACCCAGUACUAUCAAAUCAUGGAGACCAGAUUCCUCAUACCACCGACGCUCGGCACUCUUUGAAAGCACUGAUGAUACCACGGAAGUUUCAGAAUCUGAAAACUUGAAACGGUCUGCCAAACGGAUACGAUUGGAAGCCGAAGAAAUGGAAAUGAAGCUAAUUCAAGAGAAACUGGAGGGCCUAUCCAAGAAGCUGGACAAACUCGACAAAAAGAUUGCAAAGUCGGAACCAGCCGAAAAGGAAAAGAACCUAAAACUGCUAGAAGAAAAGCUAGUUUUGACUCGACAAAUUCAAAUGUUGGAAUAUCGGUUGAACCCAGAUGAAAAGAACGAUCCGAUGAAAAAAACCAUGGUCCAAACGAAACCCAUGACGUCUCAAGACGAAAAAAUUGAAACCAAGAAUGAUGAAAUGGUCACCAUGCGUGUGAACUUGGACAACAAUUCCAUCCAAUUUGUUUCUGUCGAUAAUAACAAGACCGAGACGAUCGUCUCAGAUUUUAACCAAGACAACAUGACCGACGAAGAAAUGAUUGAAAAGUUUACCACCCAGGACGUUGAAAAUAUAGUUUUCUCAGUUGGGGAUGAAGGAUUCGAUAUGGGAUCCAUGUUUAACUUUACGGAGGAGCGGGAUUGUAUAUGGCAAUCCAACGAGACAGAAUAUGUCGGGCCACUUUCUCAGGAUGAUUUGCGAAUCAUUGACGAGUUAGAAGAAAACUGGCAAGCUGUCUUGGAUCUUAAAAAAGCGACCAGGAACAAAAAGUCUCCAUUUGAGAUAGCCAUUAAAUUUGGAGAUGAUGACAAGGAUGAAGCAAGUGAGACGAAGGAGGAAGUAGACAUGGAGGUUGCUCGGACCAUGCAAUUUGCCAAAACCACCUUUGUCGAGGCCCGGGCCGGGAAUAUCUCGAAAUCUGAGCUUGACAUCAUUCGUGGCUUUAGUAAAGCAGUCAACUUUUGUCAGACCAAUCUACCCUUCUUGGUUGAAGUUGCCAUGAAUUUGUUGGAAGGGUACAAGGUGAAUGAAGAGGAUCCAUUGUACAUGGAACGUUUCAAUCUCUUCGCCGAAGCCUACGAUUCCAGCCUCUUUUCGCUCCAACGAAAUCGACAAGAAGAAGGAAUCCAGAAGGUAUUUUGCGAAGAGGUCUUAGAUCCCAAUCCCAAGCUAUUUUCAAGGACCGCCAAACCGCGACAGGUUGGGUCAGCUUUUUUGUUCGAUGGAAAAGUGGUCGAGAGAGAUGGCGACAAAGUGAUAAGUGGAUUGAAGGAAGCAUUGGAGCAGUCUUCUCUGAAGGACAAGAUCAAUAUUUUUUAUCUUCGGGAUCCUUCACCCCAAAUUGAAUUGGAUGAAGUGCAACAGGCGGAUUAUAUUCAAAACAAUGGGGGAGAAGACGACAUUGGUAGAGCUUUGGAAUUGGUGAAUGGAUUUGAGCCUCCUGCCUUGCUCAUUACUGGAAAGAACUUGGAUUCAGACAAGCCCAUCGAUACUCGGUUGGGAAUUACAACCUUUGCCUUCUUGGACCUCGUCACAACCAUUGGAACCUUCUACUACCCAGACGCACAGCCCAACUACGUUCAAGAAUUUGUCACAGGAAUCCAAAGUCCGGUUCUGCUCUAUCUAUUGGGAACCUUUGCACUACAGCAUGUCAUUCAACUCUUGUUGGCGCUAAAGGGAGGCUUCAAGAUUUCACCGCUCCCCACACUCAUUCCAGGUUUGUGGGGAAUUCCUUUGGUCGGCAGCGCCGUAUUCAUCAAUUCUCCUCCAAAGAACAAAAACGACAUGUUUGAUUUUGGAUUCCUUGCACCAUUCGUUGGAUUCUUAAUCAGCUAUGGAUUCAUUGUCUUGGGACUCGAAUCGACCAUGCAAGUGACCAAUGCCGCAGAUUUUGCCCAAAUGCCACACUUUGAAUUGGAAACUUUGAAACAAAGCUUCUUGACGUCGGCCACCAUCGAAAGUCUCAUGGGCACCAAUACGCUGCUCUCCUUGGGCGACGGAGCGUCCUCGUCAGUACCAUUGGAUCCCAUGGUCAUUGCUGGUUAUCUUGGUUUGAUGAUUAAUGCUAUUCAAAUGUUUCCAAGCAUGGUGGAUACCAAUGGCGGUCGUGCUGCUAGUGCUGCCUUGGGCCGCUUCUCCAUUGGAUAUGGUGGUCUGGCCGCCUUGAGCAUCUUCUUCUUGUUGGUACAAUCCUACAGAGGUGGAUCCCCAACCCUAGACUUUGUGGCACUGCUGUAUACAUUCCGCUUCUUUUUUAGCCCUGAAAUGCCAUGCCAGAACGAUGUUGACAAUGCCUCCUCCGCACGUCUAGUGGCACUGGGAAUCUCCCUUUUACUUGUUUUUCUGACUCUGUCACCAGCCUGA